AAGCACUCGACUCUUUGCAGAGCCAGUUCCAGGUGCAUAAACAUGACGAUAUCUCCUAUCCCUCCCUGUAUAGCUGACCUUAAGCCCUACUUCACAAAGUACCUAAACGUAUUUGGUGUCCAUAUUGUGGCAGUUGAGGACAUACCUGACACCAGGGUGCGCCACACUGCAAAUAUCAUGGCGGAGUACUUGGACAAUGAUGGCGAUGGAAAGGUGGAUAACAAAGCCAUUGUCAGUAAACUGAUAGAAAAUAAGGCUCUGUUUUCGUUGUUCAGAUCCACAAGUCAAAUGAAUACUAUGCAGUACAAAUCUAGGAAAAGCAUGGCAAUCUUCAAGGCCUACAAAAUGGAAUUCAACCUGUUCAAAAAUGACGAAUAUCUCAAUGAAUCAGACAUUGACUUCACACUGGAGGAGACACUCCAUCUUAUUACAGGUUUCGGCUUCGCCUUUGCCUUUCCUGCUGUGUUUGGCGAAAACAGUGGCUCCACCUUGGGGAAAAUUACACUGGAGGCCAUUGCGGAUUGCGGACUGGCAUACAAACAUACAUACAAAUGGCCCUAUUGUAAGGGUGUGUACCACUAUAAGGACCCCACCUGCAAGAUGAACUGCCUGACUUCAGAGUUGAUCUACUGGGGACUGACCUCUAUCCUGGGGAUACAGAAGAAGCCUGUCAGAGCAGCGUACAUCAGUAAUGAGUGGGAACUGUACAACAAACUACUACUCAGGACCAAGCUACCUCAACUCUAUCAUUUGCUCACCGAUCCCAAGUACAGGUUCCCCACUGUGGCUCCUGUUGGUCACUAUGGCAACACUUGUUAAGCUGGUCAGUAAAAAUGCUUGUUUACAGUAGCUGGUCAGUGGUCACUAUGGCAACACUUGUAAAAUUUGCUAGUGGUCACUGUUUCAAAAUUCAUUAAAAUU